ACGUUGUCGUUCAGGAAAUUUACGUAAUACCUUCGAGUCUUCGAGUGUGAGACGGCCGUCGAUUACCCAAACAGCCUGAGGAUCCAACGGUAUGACGAAUCGGAAGGUGGACUACUUCGGGUUUAAGGACUUCAUGAAUUCAAUAGGACAGCAUUGGAGUGAGGAUCUUGAUGAGGAGAGACCUCCUCCUCCGGUCUGGCAACAUCAUCAGCAUUGGUUCGAUAAAGAUGCGCUCGUGAAAGAACAGGAACGGCAGACACGUGUCACGAGGAUGUACCGCGUCGCUCUACAUGGUUCCUUCAGUGAUGAAGAGUCGUGUGAGGAGGGAUCCCAGGCGCGAUUUUCAUCUCUGUCACGAAUGAGGUUCCACGAACUGGUGCUUGGGAAUCGACACGAAGGGAGAUUCCUUCAGGGCAACAUGUGUGGGCUUCCUUAUCGAUCUACGGCCGUUCAGUUCCUGCUUGGGGACGACGACGACGUCAACCAGGCCAUCAAGGUUGCAGGGAAAGGAAGAGGUCUGGUGACGACAAAGAAGGUUCAUGCUGGCGAAUUGCUCGCUGCAUGCAACCCGUUGGCGUGCGGCCGAAUUCCGAUGAAUGAGUUGGUGCUGAAGUUCAACUCAGACUCGGAAAAAGUGGAGGAACAGCCAGCUCUUGUUGAUCUUGUGCGUGCACUGCAUUCCAAGUGUUCAUCGUCAAUUCUGGCACACCAAAGCACGAGCAACCUGUAUGAUGGAAGCAAGAAGUUGACUCGCUACGUCCCUCGAAUUGAGAAAAUGAUGCCCCCUCAGACAGAGGAGGAGCUAAUGAGACGAAUUAGUGAGGCAGAGAACUCUCUGCAGAAACAAUCAGCUUCUGGAUCAGCACGGCGCAGGCGGCAGAAGGAAAAGGAGAAACAUGCAAUUGAAUCUACCACUGUCGACAUGGAUCGUCUGCGCAAGGGAGGAGGAGGAGGAGGACGACGACGAAGAGGAGAAAGAGGAGGAGGAGAAGGAGGAGUAGGAGGAAGAGGAGGAGGAAGACGAGGAGGAGGAGGAGGAGGAGGAGGAGGAGGAGGAGGAGGUCUGAGACCCAGACCCCUGCCGUGCGGGAGCGGAGAAAGCACCCAUGCAGAGGGAGUCAGCCCACGACACUUAAAGCAGCAAGUAGCAGUUGACGACGAGGAGGAGGAGGACGACGACGAUGACAACGCGAAAGCAGGGCGGCGUAAACACGAGGAGGAGGAGGAGGAGGAGGAGGAGGAGGAGGAGGAGGACGGGAACGAUGACGACAACACGACGACAACGACGGGAAGACAGGGUGGAGUUGAUGCGAUCAAGGAGGAGAAGGAGAAUGACGACGACGAGAAUGGAUGGCGGAGUAGACAACGACGGGGAGGAGGACAGGGAGAAAGAAAAGGACAGCCGGGUUGACUAGGAGGACGAUGACGAGAAGGAAGUGUGUGUGUGUGUGUGUGUGUAGGAGGAGGAGGAGGAGGAUGGCAAUGGCGUCCGCGAGAUCAUCCCCUCAGCAAUUAAAAAAAAAAGAAAAAAAAAAAAGUUGAAAAAACAAAACCAAACCCCCUUGUAGACUUUGUGGGCCUUCCGGGUCGUUGGUGAGGGCGGUAAAAAAUCGGGCACUAUUUAUUUUGGGCGGCCCAGGGUGUGAACAAAUGCCCUGGACCGCC